AUGGGGCACUUCCAGGUCCUACAGACUGCACUGAUGUUCAUUACUGGGAUAUUGGUGGCUUGUCAAAAUUACUUAGAGAAUUUCACUGCAGUGGUCCCAGAACACCACUGUCGGCUCCAGAACCAGACAAGUGUUGAGGCUCCUUUUCUGGGAGAUGGCAGGGACUCUGACCUGCUGAAAGUGUCCAUUCCCAUGGAUAAGCAUGGAAAGCCUGAGACCUGCCUCAGGUUCACUGAACUUCAGUGGCAACUCCUGAAUCCAAAUGCCACAGAGCAGACAAGACUGGUCACUGAGGACUGCCUGGAUGGAUGGGUCUAUGACAAGAGUGAAUUAUCCUCAUCUAUUGUUACUGAGUGGGACCUGGUGUGUGGACAGAAGUCACUGAAGACAAUUACUCGGACAAUAUAUGUGGGAGGAUUCCAGAUAGGAAGUAUUUCUUGGGGGAUACUGUCUGACAGGUUUGGGAGGAGAACAGUUCUGCGGUGGGCCUCUCUGUUGGCCAUCAUUGCUGGUAGCUGUACAGCCUUUAUGCCCACCUUUGCUGCCUAUGCCACAACCAGAUUCCUCACUGGUGCUGCACUAUCGGGCAUCUACCACACCAGAAACUGCCUGACCUUAGAGUGGACCCCUACUGAGAGACGGAUCCUGGUGAACACUUGUAAUUCAUAUGCCUUCACUUUUGGACACAUGAUCCUGGCCGGCUGGGCCUACCUGGUCAGAGAUUGGCGCCGGCUGCAGUUCUCCAUUUCGGGCUCAUUUGGGAUUGUGCUCCUUUUUUCUCUGGCCCUUCCAGAAUCUGCUUGUUGGCUAAUCACCCACAACAAACUCGAUGCAGCAGUGAAGACCCUUCGGAAGGUGGCCUGGAUCAAUGGACACAAGGAGCAGGGGAGGAAGCUCACUCUGGAAGGGGUAAUGUCUUAUAUUCAGGAAGACCUUGCAUCUGUGAAGCCAAAAUCUAUUCUCAGAAACCUUUUCCAGAACCCAGGAAUAUGCAAGAUAACAUUGUGUGCUGGAUUUGGGUGGUUUGCUGCUGGAUUUUCGUUUGCUGGACUGAUUUUGGACUUGCAGAAAUUUGGCUUCAGCAUUUACUUGGUCCAAGUGCUAUUUGCACUCAUAGAUUUCCCAACACGCUUCCUUGCAGCCGUUAUCAUGUCUCGUUGUGGAAACCGCUUAACCUUCAUCUUCUGUGCAGUUUUCUCUGGGUGCUUGAUAAUCACUGACAUAUUUGUGCCUCAAGAUAUGGCUGCCCUUAGGUUGACAAUCAGUGUGCUUGGGAAAGGAGGUGUGGGACUUUUGUUUUUAUGUCUUCACCUCUUCACACUGGAACUCUACCCAACUGAAGUCAGGCAGAAGGGAAUGAGUGUUGGUGGUUUAGCAUUAAGCUUUGGUGCAAUGCUGGCUCCCCUUGUCUUCAUUAUUGACAGCUAUAGCCAUAUUGUACAGCCUCUCUUAUUUGGAGGAAUGCCUAUCCUUUCUGCCAUUGCUGUCUCCUUCUUGAUUGAGACCCAUGGCCUCCCGCUGCUGCAAACUAUCCAAGAGACAGAAAAGAGGAUGAAGAGGGCACAGUGUCUGAAAGGAAAUGCCAAGAAAGACAUUCAGGAGAGACCAGCCUUGCUUAUGCCUGAAAUGCCACAGGCUGAGAGCACAGUUUGACACUUUCCUGUAUGCCCUCACCUGUGCCUCUGAGGGACUCCAAUGUCUGGACUCAGUUUCGUUAUUUUUUCUUAUUGUGAUGGAUGGAUGGAUAGAUUGCGAUCUACAUUUUCUGGAUUGAAAAGGGCAUUCUCUGCCUGCUGA